GGAAACAGCCUGGAGCUCCUAGUGAAGAUGCGCCGAGAGAAACUGCUUACAAAAAAUGAUUUUAUUCUGCGGAGAAACUCGACACUUGGGAAAUAAAUCUAUCUAAAAAGAGCUGGUGCGGAUUUUUACACAGGUCUCAGAGUCGUGCUUGUUUGAGAGUGACAUCAUCAAGUGAUGGACCUUCAUUAGUGAUUUAUUUCCCUUUAUAUAUUAAAGGACACAGCUGAAGAUAACACACUGUGUUCUGGUCAACUGUGUUACACUGUAGAACAGCUACAGAUUUCCUGACCGAUUAUUACACCGACGCAGACAAACGUUUCUUAGAUGCUUUUGUCUCUUGCUGUUUGCCUUAGCUAUAUAUAUCGACAUCUCCCAAUGUUCAGUUCAGACCGACUCACUGUCUCUGAAAGGGUCAGCCGGCUUCAGCCACGCAGGUUGACCUCUGAUCCUAGGGCUGUUUCACCUGGCCUUCAUGCCAAUGUCCAGGCCGUGUUAGACACAUCCAUUCCAGCGCUACGGACUGCUGUGACAAAACUCAAAUCCUCCAAAGAAGCCAGAGAUGUGCCGAAGACUCGUCAGGCUAUCGCUGAAAUAUUCCAGCUCGUUGAGGAGGCCUGGGUUUUGCCUGCGGUUGGGCGGCAAGUGGCAGAACAAAUCUGCAACAGAGUACGACUGGAUGGAGGUCUGGAGUCAUUGCUGCAGUUGAUGCAGACACCUGCUGAAGACAUCACAUAUGAGUCUGCCAAGCUGCUUGAGCAGAUUCUUAUCUCAGAGAACAGAGACUAUGUAGCACGCAUGGGCCUUGGUGUGAUCCUGAACCUGACCCGUGAGCAGGAUGAUGCCCAGCUUGCACGGAGCAUCUCAGGUAUCCUGGAGCAUAUGUUCAAGCACACAGAAGAGACGUCGGCACAGCUUAUUAGGGACGGAGCCCUGGACGCGUUGCUGUACUGGUGCCGUGGUACAGAUCCUACUGUGUUGCGACAUUGUGCCAUCGCUCUAGCCAACUGUGCCAUGUACGGCGGCCACCGCUGUCAGAGACUGAUGAUCGAGAAGCAGGCAGCAGAGUGGCUUUUCCCACUGGCCUUCUCUAAGGAGGAUGAGAUGAUCCGUUUCCAUGCGUGCAUGGCUGUAGCUGUGCUGGCUGCUAACAGGGAGCUGGAGAGCGAGGUGGUGAAGUCAGGCACGCUGGAGCUAGUGGAGCCGUUCAUCGCCUCUCUCAGCCCGGAUGAGUUUGCACGCAGCUUGCAGGACAGCGCUGACAGCGUUCAGGGACGCACCGCUGCCGACCUGCAGCACCUGUUGCCCCUGCUGGAUGGGACUCGGCUUGAGGGCAAGUGCAUUGCUGCUUUCUAUCUUUGUGUAGAGAGCGGCAUCAAGUUCCGCCAGCACAACACCAAGAUAUUUCAGGAGAUCGGGGCGGUUCAGAGCUUAAAGAGGAUUGUCAUGUACUCAAGCAAUGCCACCACACUCUCUCUGGCCAAAAGGGCCCUGAGGACGAUGGGUGAAGAUGUUCCAUGCCACAUACUCUCCUCCGUUCCUAACUGGAAAACGGUGGAGGUACAAACAUGGCUGCAACAGAUUGGCUUUAGUGCCUUCAGUGAUCGAUUCCAGGAGCUGCAGGUGGAUGGAGACCUGCUACUUAACAUCACUGAGGAGAACCUGAUUAAUGACCUGGGCAUGACCUCUGGGAUCACCCGGAAAAGGUUUAUGCGAGAUUUGCGGGUACUGAAGACCUAUGCUAACUAUUCCAUGUGUGACCGGAAUAAUCUGGCAGACUGGUUGGCAGAUGUGGACCCACGGUUUCGUCAGUAUACCUAUAGUAUGGUGCAGUCAGGUGUGGAUCAUAACAUCCUCCUCCAGAUAACGGACGUUCAGCUGCAGCAGGACUGCCAUAUAGAGAACGGAAUCCACAGGGCUCAGAUCCUCGCUGCUGCUCGCCGGCCUGCCAGGCCUUGUUUCCCUGACUCACAGAGUACAGGUCCAGAUGUAUUCAUCAGCUACCGACGCACCACUGGAUCUCAACUUGCCAGUCUGCUGAAGGUGCACUUGCAGGUGCGUGGCUUCAGCGUUUUCAUUGAUGUGGAGAAGCUGGAGGCAGGCAAAUUUGAGGAGAAGCUGAUAACCAGCGUGCAGAAAGCACGUAACUUCAUCCUGGUGCUGUCAGCCAACGCUCUGGACAAAUGCAUGGGUGACACCGGCAUGAAAGACUGGGUUCAUAAGGAGAUUGUCACUGCCCUCAAAGGGAAGAAGAACAUUGUUCCUGUCACUGACAACUUUCAGUGGCCUGAUCCCAACUCUCUUCCUGAGGACAUGCGAACUGUUCUCAAGUUUAAUGGCAUCAAGUGGUCCCAUGAGUACCAGGAAGCCUCAAUGGAUAAGAUUCUUCGCUUUCUGAAUGGAGGCCCCAGUCAAGAGCAGCUGGACAGCUCAAAGACCUCCAUGGAACCAGAGCAGAACGCUCUUCCUACCACUCAUUAAUAUUGAGCUUUCUAACCUCUUACCUAUUUCUAACCUAUUACUAACCUCUGAGUUCUAUUACUACAUGUGGUAGGAUUAAAAAAAUGAGUGAUACCUGGAAGAAAAAAAAAGCACUGUAAAGGUUCCGUCAUCUGUAAUCCCUAGAUCAUUAAAACGUCACAAAAAGCUAACACUCAGUGCUUAAUAACUCAGGAAUACAAAUACAGUGUCCGUUCCCAACCAUACAUAGGCAACUGUUUUACUUUUCCAUUAAAGAUUGUUAUAUAAUCAGUUUAAAAUCAGAGUAAUCAAAAUCAUAAUGCAAUCUGUGUACAGUGAUAACUUUCUUGAAUUGUUUCUUGUGCCAAGUAUGAUAAAUAACCAGGGCAUUAGUGCUGAACAUAUGAUUGCUCAAAAACAAGUCCUGUAACUGGGUUAAGCCUGAUAAAAUGAGCAUGGAAACUCUGUAACAUUCCUUUUGGUUAUAUAGUUAAAACAUCGCCACAGUGCAGGAACUGGAUAAAUGAUUAAAUGUAAAGAAUCCUGUGCUAAGAAAGCUUUCUAACACCUUCCUACUUCACAAUAAGCUAACAGUGGAUACUUGAUUCAGACAUAGUUGCAAAAUCACACACAGUAUUGCAAAUUAGAUCAAAGCCCAAUGUUAGCGAAGUUGUAUAUUUGUUAUAUACUUGCAUCAUACACUUUUAGCAUAAUAAAUCAAGAUGCUGUUAAACACCAACAGAAACAAUAAUCUUAUCUCUUACAGUGUUCAUACCCUUAACCGGGCUGCUGCCUUAAU